GCGGCCGGAAUGUCGUGGCGCGGGCCGCGCGGCUAGACGGGCGUCGAGGAGCCGCGGGCUCCCGGAGCGGACUCCGCGCGGGGCCAGCCGCCACCGCCGCGCCGCGGGGAGUCGCCUUCGCUGACGCAGGGCACCCGGCAGUCACGAGCGCGAUGCCCAACCCCAAAAACAGCAAAGGCGGCCGCAAGAACAAGCGCGCCAACAGCAGCGGGGACGAGCAGGAAAAUGGAACCGGGGCCCUGGGCGCGGCGGGCGCGGCGGCCGGGGGGCCUCUGGCCGCAGCGACCGGCUGCGGGGCGGCGGCGGGCACCGUGGGCGCCGGGGGCGCGUUGGGCACGGUGGGCGCGGGAACCGGAGCCGCGAACGCCGCCGGGGCUGCCGCCGCGGGAGACGCCAAGAACGAAGCCCCUUGUGCCACGCCUCUGAUCUGCAGCUUCGGCAGGCCGGUGGACCUGGAGAAGGACGACUACCAGAAGGUGGUGUGCAACAAUGAGCACUGCCCCUGCAGCACCUGGAUGCACCUGCAGUGCUUCUACGAGUGGGAGAGCAGCAUCCUGGCGCAGUUCAACUGCAUUGGCCGGGCCCGCAGCUGGAACGAGAAGCAGUGCCGCCAGAACAUGUGGACCAAGAAGGGGUACGACCUGGCCUUCCGCUUCUGCUCCUGCCGCUGCGGGCAGGGCCACUUAAAGAAGGACACAGACUGGUACCAGGUGAAGCGGAUGCAGGAUGAGAAAAAAAAGAAGUCUGGGUCGGAGAAAAACACAGGGAGGCCCCCUGGGGAGGCUACAGAGGAGGCAAAAAAAUGCAGGCCCCUGAACAAGCCCCAGAAAAGCCUGAACCAUGACCUCCCCCGACGGCAUUCCAUGGACCGGCAGAACUCCCAGGAGAAGGCAGUCAGUGGCACUGCCUAUGGUGGCCGCUCUCCUUGUGGUUCCCCUGGCCAGUCUCCACCCACUGGCUACUCCAUCCUCUCUCCUGCCCACUUCAGUGGUCCCCGCUCCUCUAGAUACCUUGGGGAAUUCUUAAAGAAUGCCAUCCAUCUUGAGCCUCACAAAAAGGCCAUGGCUGGGGGCCAUGUGUUCAGAAAUGCCCACUUUGAUUACAGUCCUGCUGGGUUAUCUGUUCAUAGAGGGGGACACUUCGAUACCCCUGUACAGUUCCUACGACGACUGGACCUCUCUGAGCUCCUCACUCACAUCCCCAGGCAUAAGCUGAACACUUUCCAUGUGCGGAUGGAAGAUGAUGCCCACGUGGGCCAAGGCGAGGAUCUGCGGAAGUUCAUUCUCGCAGCCCUCAGUGCCAGCCACAGAAACGUUGUAAACUGUGCUCUGUGCCACCGGGCACUCCCUGUCUUUGAACAGUUUCCACUGGUGGACGGAACUUUGUUCUUAAGUCCCUCAAGACAUGAUGAGAUUGAAUAUGAUGUCCCUUGUCACCUUCAAGGGAGGCUCAUGCAUCUGUAUGCGGUGUGUGUGGACUGCCUAGAAGGAGUUCACAAGAUCAUCUGCAUCAAGUGCAAAUCACGAUGGGAUGGCAGCUGGCAUCAGCUGGGCACAAUGUAUACCUAUGACAUCCUGGCCGCCUCUCCCUGUUGUCAGUAUCUGUUUCUCCUAGGCCCGCCUGAACUGCAAGCACUGUGGAAAGCCUGUGAUUGACGUGCGGAUUGGGAUGCAGUACUUCUCUGAGUACAGCAAUGUCCAGCAGUGUCCACACUGUGGGAACCUGGACUACCAUUUUGUGAAGCCAUUCUCCUCCUUCAAAGUUCUUGAAGCUUAUUGAUGAAAGCUUUGCUUUAGUAAUAGCUAUUUUAUUGAUAUUAUUACUUUAUUACAUAUCUUUUAUAGAGAAACAUUCUGUGACAUUAAUUUCUUUUCUAAUUUAAAGCAGAGUUACUUUGUAUCUGUAUGCCACUAAGAUGGGGCUGCCCUUUCCCCUGUCUUGAUUCCCCAGUGUUAGUCUGUGAUCAGGACCAGAGCCAGGUGGGUGACCGUGUGAGUGUGGGUAUGGUUUAUUCUCACCAGGAGUCUCUGAUACAGCUUUAAAGUGGUGGGGAGGAUGGGAUGAAUGUAGGAAAGGGAGGGAUUAUGUGGCUAUGAACUAAAAGCAUGGGAGGAGUAGAGAGGGAGCGCCUAGUAAAGUUAACUUUCUGAAGACCCACUUCUAGAUCUUCCAUGGGCCUUAGGCAAAAUACAUGACAAUUGAAUGUAAGUCUGAGCCUGGAAAGCUAAUAGGGUAUUAGUCUGUCUUGGCUUAGUAUUCUGCAGCACACAUUGACAUGCAGUUUACACUCAUGGAUGAUUGGAAAGUGGACAUGAGUACUCUUACUUUCACUGUUGUAAUUUAAGUCAGUUUUCAUACUGAAAAUAAUAUCCAAAUUAGAAAACCUGAAAGCUACUGGUGUUGCAAACAUUUUUAGCUAAAUUGACCUGUAGCAGAAUAUGUGAAAUAAAUUUGGAAGUGAUGCACUCUGAACUGAGAGGGCAAAAAGGCAGAACUCUGUCAUUUGAGUUCUCUGAAGGUGGUCAGAGUAGCUCUUAAGGAAAAUCCAUGCAGAGUGAUUUAGGGGUGACAAUGUCUAUGGAUUGCACUUUGGAAGCGCUGUUUGGUAUCAUAUCCUUCCCACAGGUAAUCUCACAGCCAUAGAACCUAACUGGUGAGCUUCAGAACCAGUCAUGCCACACUUUGGCUUCCCCAUAAUGCCUUAUAGCCACGUCUAACCCGUUUAAUACUGAGUUUCCAAAAUCAGUUGAGCUUAGGAGGGAAAGGGAAGAAUUGUUUGAGAGAACGAUGAAGAAAAGAAUAAUUUUAGCACUUCUUUUUAAAGUAUGUGUCAUUUUGGAAAAUCACUGUUGUAAUGCUUAAUAGUAUGCGUGAAAAAUCAGUCAUCUUAAAGAUCCUCGUGAUACUUUGUUGUUGGCAAAAGAAAAGAUCACUUACAGAACUUCUUUAGAGGAUUGAGCAUUCUAAAAUACUGCCUUCUAAUCAUUGGACUGUACUACAUUGAUACCCCAUACUUUUGUCAAAUUGGAAUAAGAUUUUCACAAAUGAAUUUGACAAUUUCAAGUGUGAUAUAUGUAUAUGCUAAAAGAUUACUAAAAAUCAUUCUGUGAAUAGCCAAAUUUGGCAUUGAUAUGAAUAUUUUAUAUUACUCAUUUGGCUUAUAACUUGUUUCUCAGUAUAACUUUUCUUUUAAGGCAUUAUUGUACUUGAGUUUCAUUUUUACUAUGUGAGAUAUUUUAUGUUAUGUUUGGAACAACAUAGCAUUGAAAAAACAAUGCAUCAACUAAUAUUCUUCACCUUUCACUUUGGAUGAUUGUUAUUUGGUUUGCUGCAGCUGAUUUGGUAUUUGAUCUGAAAAAUAUUCCACAGUGAAGGGGGAGCUCAGAAUGCCUAUGUGAAACAGGAAAUCAUUACUGGUCAGACAGCGUUUAAUGCAACUACAAGAGGUCUAUAGAAUAUAGCCCUUGGAAGUUUGUCAUUGAAACACAGAGCUGUAAUUGUGAAUUAACAAUUUCCCUAUUGAUUCUCUUAUGUACCCAAGCUUAUGAACUGGUAAGUUUCUUUUGUUUUCAGAGAACCAUUUGGAUUUUAUUUCUGAAUUUAAUAUUAGUAGUAAAAUAUUUGUAAUGUUGUUCUUCAACCCACCUACAUAUUUCUAGUGAAACCUGCUUAUUGUUCAGAAGCUUAAAGUUGACCUAUACAUUGCAUUUAGCAAGCUCUUCAGUGUAAAAUCACUGUGGGUUUAAUGUAUGCUGCAUUCCAUAUUUUUUCCUUAGAUUGUUUUCUACCCCCUUGAAAAGUAAGUAUGGUGAGGUUUCUCUAUCAUUGAGUAAAAUUUGCUUUUGGGUGUUAUUUUGAUGAUACAGUGAAGAUUCUAUAGAUAUAUACAGUUAUAUAAAAAGAGUCAUGAGUAUCAUACUCAAAAUCUUGACUUUAAGGCAUUACAUUUUUAUCUAAAAGGGACAGUUUGGCUAAUUUGAGAAUAAAAUACAAUUAAAUAUGCAACACUAUAAAGAUAAAGUGCCGACCUUCAUAUUUUCUCCAAGCUUGCCCCGAGCACCUUGAUCAUAAUUGAAAUUUGUCAAGAAAGAUUAUUAUUUUUGUUGUAGUUAGGAUAUUAAAGAAUAUCAGUCAUCCAGGAGAUUCAGUUUCUGUUUUUCUGAUGAAUAGUGUUCAAUAACAUGAAGCAAUCUUACGAGUGACUAAUAAUUUCGUUGGUUUUUCAUCUACUCUAACAUUAUUUAGUCACUUAUUUGUAUGAGUUCCAUGCCUUGAACAAAUAAAAUUACCUGCUGUAGUGUGGAGAGAAGACAGUUUAUGAUAGAUCAUUUUUUUCUUUAGGCCAUCUCAGAUCUCUCACUUUUUUUGGUUACAUCUGAAGCAUGGAUAUACUAUGUUUAUACCUUUAAACACACACAUUGUGCCAUGAAAUUGAGAGGUGGUUCACUUGUCCUGUUACAUUUACAAAGGAGCUUCCCCAAACAUUAAAUUUCAGUUUUUAUAAGAGAAUAUUUUCAGAAUAAAAUAAAUUUUCAUAUUUGUUUGGCAAAAUUUAGCUCAUUAAGAAAAAAACAUUAUUAGGUGUUUAAAUGAUGAAACUAACAAAACUAAUAUGCUAAAAUCUUUUCAUUUGGUACUGCCAGACCAGUGCUUAACUAUGCAGUCUAUUCUCUUGUGCCCAGGUUAGUAACCCCAAUUUGCUUUUCUGUUUAGUCUCCUGAGUAAUUUUAGUUGGAGGUUGGAGAAGAGGUGAGAAGAAAGUGCCCUUUAGUGUUUUGGUUCUUACAUAGGAUGCUGCCUAACCAAGAUCAUUUCCAUGUCCUAUUGACUUUAUUGUUAUUCCAGGUGAUAGAAAAUAAAAUGGACGGGCACCAUUAAAACCAGCUCAAAAAUAUAUUGUUAUUGGUAAAGAUUUCUUGUUAAGAUGUCUUGGAUUGCACUUUUUUUGAGGGAAGACAGUGUAAAUAGUUGAAGAAUGUUGAUAAAAUCGAAACAUUUGGUUAUGGAAUUAUGUGUGGGGUUAGAGGCUUUCUGUUUGUGAAAUGUGUGUAUUAAAAAUAAAGUUUCAGAAGCUAA